AUGAAUCACUGGAUUAUCACAGUUCUUGCGCUUUUCUUCGUUGCUGGAGCUGUCGCUCUCCGCGUUACUGGCGAGAACGAGGAGAACGCGGUAUACUCGAUGCCAUUACUUGGUUUGGAGAAGAAAUGGUCUCGACGGGAGCCCAGCAUACGGUUCUUCAAGAGAGGAGGGCAGCUUGACACGUCGCGCUUCUUCAAUGAGUAA